GGCUCGACAGAUGCGAUAGCAUCGAGCUGAAGGCGUCCAAGGCCGUGACGAGCCGAGAAGAGAGGAACGCUUCUAAUAAUGUCUCGGACCGGCGCAUCAAACGCGAGCACGUCACCCUGAAGGAGCUGAUCGGAGGCGGGCAAUUCGGAAACGUGUACAAAGGAGUGUAUUGUAGUCCGGGCCACUCCACGCAAUCGGUCGCCAUCAAGGUGUGCAAGCUGGAGAACGAGCCGGCCGAUACGCAGUUGAUACUCCAGGAAUCACAUUUGAUGCGGCGUUUCCGGCACGAGAAUAUCGUGGCGCUGGUUGGGGUCUGUAUGGAGUCGCCAAUGUGGCUGGUCAUCGAGUUGGCGUCUUAUGGAGAGGUUUGUAGUUUG